GUUUGCAUCGUUUAUCAUAGAUUUGUUCGUAUUCUGUUGCUGUUAGAUUUAGUGAAAUUUUUUCCUCUCUUUCUCAACCCCAAUCCAUUUGUGUGAUUGCAUACAAUGUUAAUGUGGUUUAUGAUACAUAACUCGCGUUAGUGCUAAUAUUUCAUUUGAUCGUAUUUUUGAAAUAGCAGCAAAUGGUCUAAAUUGCAUUUUCAUUUGAGAUAAAUGCUGGAAUUUAUUGAAUGAACUUUGUGGAUUUUUGCUCUUACUGUUGAAUGAGUUUAGAAAAUAUUUUGAAGCCUUUAUUUUUGUUGAAUUCAAAAUAUUUGAAAUUAAAUCACACAAACCAAAAUGAGCAUUGAUAUACGUAGGAAAAGUGUGUUUUUUGGUAAAGGUCGGGGUCAGAAGCAAACGGUUGGCGAUACAGUGAACUUAGCAGCACGCUUAAAAAUCAAAAAGAAACAGUGGAAAGUUUCAGUUCAACCAGAAGAAAAAGAAGAGGAUGAUGAGGAAAAUUUAAAGAAGGAUGUAUCAUAUCAAAAGCCAUUUUUUGAUAGCGAGAAAAUAUAUCAAUUGAUUUCGGAAAUUGUUGAAAAAUCGCUCAAAAAAGGAAGUGAAGAUGACGAUUCGUAUGUGUACAGCGAAAGUGAAAAUGCUAAUUUAUGUCAACGAAUAUCGAAAGACGUUCGUGAUACAUUGAAAACUUGGCGUCAACUCAUGAGGUUUCGAAUUGUCGCCCUCACAUCCGUUAUUGAAAAGAAGCAUCAGGGAAUACAGUAUAAAAUGAAAUAUCUCGUGGACCCAAAAACGGAUAACUAUGUGAAAUAUUAUUUGGAUAAUCCAAACUUUUUCAUCGUCGUAUGUGUAGUAUUGAUUUACCAGGAUUGAAAAGUUUUUCACGUGCCUUUAUUCAAUGGCUCAUAUGUAGAGUUUUUAUUUUAUUUCCUUUUCUUCAGAUAUUUAAUGGUGUUGAUAUAUGUUGUUUUAUGUAGGUAGGAUUAUGUAUGUGCAGAUUGGAGGGAAGGUCACUUGUUGGGAUCUGAUUUACUUUUGGAGGAUUUUUUUGUGUCUCUUUAUUUGAAAUAAUCGAAGCUAAAGUUCCUAGAAGCUUAUUGUGCUGAGAAGGCAUCAUAUGGUUAGAUUAGCACCAACUUAGAGCUAAUCCGACUCUAUGAUUAACCA